AUGUGCUUACCUGACAUUGGUGGAGGGCAGGAUUCUCUAAUGUGGACUGGUGAUAUGCAAGGUAAAUUUACCACAUCUUCAGCUGUUGCUUUGUUAAGACAUAAAGAACCAUGUUUAAACUGCUCUAACUACAUAUGGAAUACGUUUUUGUAUCCAAGUACAGCAAGUAAUGUCUGGAAAGUUGUUCAAGGCAUUUAUGUUGAUGAUCCUGUAAUGGUUGGAAAUGGGUAUGAAUUAGCCUCCAGAUGCUGCAUUUGUGAGAACAGCCUGGACAAUAUGAGCUACAUUCUUUGGGACUGUAUCUUCAAUACAAAAAUAUGGAGUUGGUUGUGUUCCGUGUUUGAAUUUAGUACACCAAAAUAUUUUGAAGAAAUAUGGAACAAUGCAAAACAUAAAAUUCCAUUGGUUAAAGAAGAUUGGAUCACAUCUGCUUGUUCAGUCAUCAAAGAUCUUUGGUUUCAAAAUAACAGAAGAAUAUUUGAAAAUAUCAAGCCAAAUGAGCAACAUUUCAAGAACAGAAUCAAAAAGCUGGUUUUUGAAGGUGGAUUAAGAAUGGAAGGUAAUAAGUGGAAUCAAAAUUAUGAUCACAAGGUGAUAUCAUUCUUUAAUCUGGGUUCUGGACCUAGUAAGUUUCAAUGUGUUAAAGAUUGUUAUUGGUUCCCUCAUUCAAUUAGUUAUACAAUGUUUUGCUGUGAUGGAUCCUCCUUUGGUAACCCAGGUACAACUGGUUAUGGAGUUGUAAUUAGAGACCAUUUAAGUCAGGUAAUUGGUGUAUUAUCAGGAGGCAUAGGUAUUGCAACCAAUUACAUAGCAAAAAAUUAUCCAAUAUUGGGUGUUGUUGAAUUGGCAGGAGAAUGA